AUGCCGAAUCGUGUCAAAUAUUAUGAAAAACUGCGUGAAAAUCGUCGAUUGGCACGCGAACGAGCGAAGAAAGUGCAAGAAGAGCGGAAGAGAGCAAGAGAAGUGAAGGAGGAGAAGUGGACGACAAGAAAUGAAUUUGGAUUAGUUUCUGAGCAUAGACAGAUUCAGAGAAAGGCUUAUAUUGAGAAGAUUAGAAAAGAAAGUCAGGAGAUGCUGAAAAUGGCAAUAGAAAGACAAUGCAAUUAUUAUGCCGAGAUCCAUGAGCAAAUAUCUCCACCAAAAGAGAGAAGUGUAGAUCAAAUUGUGACGGAGAUUCAGGAAGAGUUGAAAGAGAUCUAUGAUAUAUUUGCCAGCGUGUUCGAUUUCGAUCCAAAGAUGCCGGAAGAUAUUGAAGUAAAGGAAGAUGACGAUCAGAUCUUUGCAAAAGAAAUUGCACAAUUAGAAAAAGAAUUUGAAGCGAAUACACUGAAAGCUGAAAAUAUCGAGAAAGAAAUCGCUCAAUCGAAAGUUCAAAUUGAAACUGAAAAUGUGAAAUUUGCGGCGAUCGAACAAGAAAAAGCAAUAGAGAUUAUCAAACUGGAGAAACAAAUAAAAAAUAUGGAGGCGAAAUUGGAUUUUAUAAAACAAGAUCCAGUUGAGGUGGAAGAGAUAGAGAAAUUGAGGAAACGAGUGGAAGAAGAGACGCAGAGAAAUGUCGAAUAUUCAGAAUCAUUGAAGUAUAUAAAGGAGAUGAUAAGAAUUAAAAAAGAGGAGAAAGAAGAGAAAAAGAAGCAGAAGUUGGAGGAGUUGGAGAGGAAAUGA